GCGGCGGCGGCACAUUUUCGUUCACACACGAGCCAGAGCUUGCUCAGUUGGGUACCUCCUACAUUCAUUCAAAGUAGAGUGUUAGUUACUCUGUAAAAUAAUCACUGAUACACAUAUCUUAACAGUUCCGGAUAGUAAGGACAUUCAGGGGGCAGCACAAGAUGAGGCUACGGUGGAGCUGGACGUGUUUUUUCCUGCUCUCCGUCGCCAUGGUAGUCUGGGCAGAGGUCGAUGAGCCAGAAGAAGAGGAAGCUUUCGUGGAAGAUUCGGAUGAAAUAGAGGCCACCGACGCCGAGGCAGAUGCUAACGUUUCUUUCCAGGUGACAUACAAGACUCCAGUUCCCACAGGAAACGUGUUCUUUGCUGAAACGUUUGAUGAUGGCUCAAUGGGACGGUGGCACCUGUCUAAAACUAUGAAAGAUGAUGUGGAUGACGAUAUUGCCAAAUAUGAUGGCAAAUGGGAAGUGGAGGCACUAAAGGAAAAUAAAGUUCCUGGAGAUUUGGGUCUGGUACUGAAGUCUCGGGCAAAGCACCAUGCCAUUGCUGCCAUGCUGGAUAAACCGUUUGUUUUCAAUGACGAGCCCUUGGUUGUUCAAUACGAGGUGAAUUUUCAAGAUGGCAUUGACUGUGGAGGUGCUUACAUCAAGUUGCUGACAGAUUCGGCGGAUUUAGACCUGGAGAAAUUCCAGGACCACACACCAUAUACCAUCAUGUUUGGGCCAGACAAAUGCGGGGAGGACUACAAGUUGCACUUCAUAUUCAGGCACAACAACCCCCUUAACAAAGACAUGGAGGAGAAGCACGCCAAGAGGUCGAGUGUAGACCUCAAGAAGUUCUACACAGACAAGAAGACUCACCUCUAUACCUUAGUGCUCAACCCUGACAACAGCUAUGAGAUGUUCAUCGACCAGUCAAGGGUGAGCCAGGGAAACCUCCUCAACGACGUUGUUCCUCCUGUCAAUCCACCUAAAGAGAUUGAUGACCCCAAAGACCGUAAGCCAGAAGACUGGGAUGAGAGGGCCAAGAUUCCAGACCCAGAGGCCAUCAAGCCAGACGACUGGGAUGAAGAAGCCCCAGCCUUGGUGGAGGACCCUAAAGCUUUGAAGCCAGAGGGCUGGCUGGAUGAUGAGCCAGAGCUGGUCUCUGACCCCAGCGCUGAGAAACCAGAUGACUGGGAUGAGGAAAUGGACGGAGAGUGGGAGGCUCCUCAGAUUCCCAACCCAGCAUGUGAGAUGGCCCCAGGGUGUGGAACCUGGAAAAUCCCCACGAUCAACAAUCCCCACUACAAGGGCAAAUGGAAGGCCCCCCUUAUUGAUAACCUCAACUUCCAGGGUGUGUGGAGUCCCCGUAAGAUCGACAACCCAGACUUCUUUGAGGACCUGCACCCAUUCCGUAUGAGUGCCUUCAGGGCGGUGGGGCUGGAGCUGUGGUCCAUGACCUCUGACAUCUACUUUGACAACUUCAUCAUCACCUCGGAGAAGGCGGUGGCUGACCGCUGGGCCUCAGACAGCUGGGGACUCAAGAAGCUGGUGGCCAGUGCCAAUGAGCCUGGCAUGUUGAGUCAGCUGAUCGUGGCUGCAGAGGAGAAGCCUUGGCUUUGGAUCAUUUACAUCUUGACUGUGGGUCUCCCUAUCGGCCUUGGUGUGCUCUUCUGCUGGCCCAAGAAGGCAGAGGAUGACUAUGUCUACAAGAAGGUGGAUAUCCCCAAGGCAGCGAAUGUGGAAGAAGAGGAAGAUGAUGAAGAGCAGGUUGAGGAAGAGCAGGCUGAUGAAGAGCAGGCUGAGGGAGAGGCAGAGGGAGAAGGAGAUGAAGAGGAGGAUGCAGAGGAGGAUGCCGAGGAGGAUGCUGAGGAGGAUGCUGAAGCUGAAACUGCUGAGGCCAAGGGAGAUUUGGAAGAAAUGGUUGAUGAGCCAGAGGGAUCUGCUGGAGAGGUUCUUGGCGAUAUCCAAGACGGAGAGGACGAGGAAGACGCAACCAAGUCCAACGACACGGCAUCGGAUGACGAGAUGAAGGAGGCAGACGAAGGGGUCCAGAGCACAGGUGACGGAAUGAAACAGACAGUCAGGAAACGCAGAGUACGGAAGGACUGAAGGACUGGCUGGCAGUGAAAAACCCUUCCCUCGCUGCUACUUCCUCCCCCUCCUUCCCUCUCUCUGCUCUGCAUGUCUCUGGUGGAUCAGUCUGCCCAACUGCAUGCAGGCUUUCUGUUUUUUCACCCUCUUUCUCAUCCCCUCUCCCCUUCUGAAUUCUGUCAACUCCAUCCUCCCAGCUUCCAGCCUCAUUCCCCGCUGCACUCCUUCCUGUAUGUCCCCCUCAUCCAGUCUUCCUCCUCAGACAGAAGUUCUCUUGUAAGGUGUUGCUGGGAUUUCUGUCCAUCAAUUGGAAAUCACCACAGACAAUUGAAUUUCAUAUCCAAAGUUGUGAGGCCCAAUCUGGAAGAUGGAUGAAAUGGCACAUUUUAGGAGAAAAAAUAAAAUGUGAAAAUAAAAUGUAGUGAAGAAUAUUCAAGAAGUUAAAAAGCCUUUAAAUUGCUUUCUAGGUUACCUCUAGGAUUCUAUAUUGACAUAUUUGUUCUCUAUCUUAUUUAAAGAAAGUCAUAGUCAUGUUUUUACUAAGUUAUGAACAUUGAAAGAUAAAAAUGCACUGAUGCGCAAUUUACUUCAGAAAUUGUUUCGUUUUAUGAAAAUGCAGUUCUUUAGAAGUUAGGAUGUUUAUUUUGUUACUGGCUUUGUAACAUGUAGCUACUACUGUCUAGUUUCUGAGCCGGGGCACGUGAAGCCUUCACAUCGUCUACUGAACGAGAUUUGUUUUCGUUUUCUUUAAAUUCAAGUGUUAUGUACAGACAUUUCUUCUCCAGCUUUUUCUAGUUCAUGUUUCUGCCCAUUCAGGGCAGAUCCCUGUUUGCAAACUUGUACAUGGCUCUUGGAAAUAAAUAUUUAAUACAAAA